UGUACCUACGUUGGAAUUGGCUGUGGUGAAAAAUGGAGACUACAAAAAUAUCACAAAUGUGGUUCAUUGGGACGACGAGUUCACAAUGGUUGGUGGUAUAAACGCUCCCAAAAAAUUGAUAUGUAGAGGCAGCGAUGGUGUUCCGAGACCUCAACUUUUGAAAGGCAAAGACGAUUUAAGGCAAGAUGCUGUGAUGCAGCAAGUUUUCACAAUUAUGAACGAUUUGCUGAGACGCGAUAAGGAUUGUGGAGCUCGCAAACUUUUGAUCAGGACGUACAAGGUUGUACCAUUAUCACGUAGUGGUGUCAUAGAAUGGUGUGCCAAUACGGUGCCCCUUGGUGCUUAUCUUAUGGUGAAGACAGAAUUUCUGGAGCUCAUACGAGAUACAGGCCGAAUGAUUUGAAGCCCAGGAAAGCUCAUGAGAAUAUGUCCAGUAUCGCUUCACAGCCAGUGAGUAUUAAACUGCAAAUGUUCAUGAAAAUUUGUGAAAACUUCCAACCGGUGUUUCAACAUUUCUUCCUUGAGAAUUUUCCAACACCGACAGUUUGGUUCGAAAGGAGACAAGCUUAUAC